AUGUCUGCUUCUAGCAGCCUCGGCGGGGCAAGUGGCCAGCAGCCCUUGCGGUCAGCCAUGAAGCCUGAGAACGAUAGCGAAAGGACACCACCAGCCAGUGGCACUCUCAAAGCUGUCCAGAUAGAAGAGCCAACCCCUGAGCCGUCGCUCAUAGACGAUGACAAUCCCACUCAUCGACAGUUCCGCGCUAGUCACAGUCGCAAGUUGAGUGGCCGAUCACAGCCAUCGCAAGUCCCUCAAUCAUCCAAGUCAUCCACGCGCGACGACGCCUCGCCGUCAUGGCGCCCUGGAGAUGAGCCCCUGAGUGGUAACGCACCACAGGAGCACGAUCAUAGCCAUCGACACAAGUACUACAGCGAGAAGCUGCUGUCUCAAGUGAGCGACUGGAUAGAGAGGGAACGGCUGCGUAUGUCGGUGCGGAAGCAUAGAUCUCGAGGAAGCAGGCGCAAGUCGGCCUCGCCUAGUACAGUGGACGAUGACUCGGCAAAAGCAACGCCCAGCGGCCGCGAAAGAUCCGACUCCAUCGACUCCCAGUCCAGUGAUGUUUCCUUGGACAAGCUUCAGAGAAUACUAGACGACUCCAUGGCUGCCAUGGGUCUGGGCUCUAUUUCUCGUGAUGCGCCCAAGAUUCCCCGGCCGCGACACAGGAAGCGUCGGUCAUCUUUGCAGCGCACGGCCUCGUCUGAUACCGACUAUGUGGAUGGAGAUGCCAUUGUACCAGAUUGCGACGUCUGGCUUGACAACUCCAAGACGAUGGCUUACAGCACAAGCACAGUGAACCUGCUCGAUACGGAAGAUGCCAAGUCGAGGCGAGAUCACGAAUGUUGGAUCACCUUCAAGAACGAGAUCAUCCGCACAGCCCAUACUUUGCGACUCAAAGGCUGGCGCAGGGUUCCCUUGGAUUCCGGCGAGGGCAUUGAUGUCCAGCGUCUCAGCGGCGCCCUCACCAAUGCAGUCUACGUCGUCACGCCCCCAACGGAGCUCCAAGACGACGAGCAGAGCAAGAAGAAGCCGGCGAAACUCCUCCUUCGAAUUUACGGCCCGCAAGCCGACAACCUCAUCGAUCGAGAGAAUGAGCUCAAAGUAUUGCAGCGUUUGGCGCGGAAGAAGAUUGGGCCUCGUUUGCUUGGCACCUUCCAGAACGGUCGUUUCGAGCAGUAUUUCAACGCGUCUCCCCUAACACCUGCCGACCUGCGCGAUCCCGACGUAUCCAAGCAGAUUGCCAAGCGCAUGCGCGAGCUCCACGAUGGCGUUGAAGUGUUGGAUAGCGAACGGGAGGCUGGGCCUGCUGUCUGGAAGAACUGGAACUGCUGGCUGGACAAUGUAGCGAGGAUUGUCACCUACCUGGACAAGCAGUACGAGGAGACGAUCGGAGAGGAUUCGCGCAGAAACUCAGUCGUGCACAAUUGGAAGACGAGUGGAUACGUCUUGGGUUUGCCGUGGGCGCAAUUCUUGGCCGUGGCCAACAAGUACCGGGAAUGGCUUGUCCAACAGUACGGAGAUGCGAAGAGCCUCAACGACGGGCUCAUCUUUGCCCACAAUGAUACCCAAUACGGCAACAUUCUCCGCUUCCAACCCGACGACGAAAAAUCGCCUCUCCUGCAACCUGCCAACAAACACAAGCAGCUUAUCGUUAUCGACUUUGAAUACGCUGCCGCCAGUCGUCCGGGUCAGGAAUUUGCAAACCACUUCACGGAAUGGAUGUACAACUACCAUGACGCCAAGACCCCAUGGGCUUUGAACACUGCUGCUUAUCCCAAGCCCGAAGAGCAACGUCGCUUCCUGAAAGCGUACAUUGACCAUCGCUCACAGUUCCCUCUCGCCGGCUCGACACCCAAGCUCCGCCCCCAAGAUGCCGGCACAGGCGCGUCAACUCCUCAGACACCACCCACACUGACAUCUGCGCCAUCUUCGAGUUCCAUCGUUGAUUUCAUGUUGGACUCGCGCGCGCCUCCGGGAGGAUGGAGUGCUGCCGAGCGUGCACGUGAAGAGCGUACCGACCAGCAAGUCCGUGCCCUCCUUGAGGAGACUCGACUGUGGCGUCCCGCCAACAGUCUGUUUUGGGCCGCCUGGGGCUGCGUGCAAGCCAAGGUGCCUGGCUUGGAGACGGGCGAGCCACUGGGCACAGACGCAGAGGAGGACGCGGACGAGUUCGACUACCUGAGCUACUCGCAAGACCGAGCCUUGUUCUUCUGGGGUGAUCUUGUGCAGCUUGGUCUUGUUCAAAGGGAGGAAUUACCAGAGCCCUUGCGAUCGAGGAUCAAGCUUGUGGAGCUUUAG